UGAUGAGUAGAGUUUAUCGCUUGAGCUAAUUGAGAUUGGUUUAGUUGUGGUGUGCCAAAUCCUCGCGUAUGCAAACUACGCAGACAUACACAGACACGCAUCCCCAGUUGUAAUCAUCACUUUCUCUCUCUAAAAUAUCAACCCCACUUCUCUCUCUGUAUAUAUAUGUGUAUGUGUUUUGGGCUGCGCAUCAGCUUCUGCCAUUCACACACACAGUGGGGAGAUAAAGAAGAAAGCUUUGCAUUUGCAUGAGUCUCUCUCUCACAUAAUCAACUCAUCUUCUUCUAACACAGUAUUUCUCUCACCUCUCUUCACCAACGCUGCCUGCUUUUCUCAACAACAACAAAAAAUACAUAAAAUAGAAACAAAUUGUUGGAUACAAUUUCAAAGUGAGGCCAUAUCUGUUGCAUGGCUAUGGAUUCUGCAAGUGGACAAUCUCAUCACCACCAGGAAGCUGGAUCACAAACGCUAGAAAGCAUGGUGGCGAGCACAAAGGCGGCGCAGCCGGAGAAGAAGCCCCGGCCGGCGGAGCAAUCCCUAAAAUGCCCUCGCUGCGAUUCCAGCAACACCAAAUUCUGCUACUACAACAACUACAGCCUCUCCCAGCCCCGAUACUUCUGCAAAUCGUGCCGGAGGUACUGGACCAAAGGCGGCACCCUCCGCAACGUCCCCGUCGGCGGCGGCUGCCGCAAGAACAAGCGCUCCUCCUCCUCCUCCUCCCGCCGGAGUCACGACCGCCCCAACCCUUCCCCCUACGAUCCCCUCCCGAAGCCGUCGCCUGUGUACCUCGACAUUCCGAGAGGCUUUCACAAUCCGUACGGCGGCGCCGCCGCCGGCGAGGGCGGUUUCGGAGUGGAAUGCGAUCCCCAAUUCGGGAUGGGAUUGGGGAUUAGGGCUUUGAAUCAGGAGAUUGGAUUCGAGGAGUUUUGCAGCGGUGGGGCGGAGUGGGGAUUGAACACGUGGCAGAAUUUUGGCGGGGAAAUCGGGAGCUGGAAUGGGAUCGGGUCGUCCACGUGGCACGGGCUUCUAAAUAGCCCUCUCAUGUAACCGGGCCGGGCCGGGCCGAGGAUGUGAUGAAGGAGAAGAAGAUGCAUCUUAAUUUCUUGAUUUGGUUGUGUUUUGAUGUUUUGAGGGAAAAUUUACAAAAUUUAAACUAUUUUGGGGGUAUAAGUUUUAUGAAUUUUUACAUAUAUAGUUAUGUAGCGAGUAUAAUUAUCUUGUCACAUGCUUACUUGGAGUCGACCAAAUCUAUAUAAGUAGAAAUUUUCUUCUUCUCA